CUAGAUUUUUACACAAGACAAUAGCCUACUGAUUAAUAUAGAAUACAUUUGUUAAUUUAGACAGCAUUUAUGAACAUCAUAGAUACGCUCAGAUGUUUAAAUCGAACAUUUGAUGGCCAAAAAUGCUAUUUAUGCAGACAGCUCACUAGAUUUUGAGAGACAUCCAUAGUGCUUUCCGAUUUAUCAGCAGAUUCAAAACUCGUGUAUUGACUUGUGGUGCUGAGGAGAAGGCUACUUGAGUAUUUUUUGCUAUUUAUAUUGCACAACAUCGGCGUUUACCACAGCUCAGUCGGAUUUUAAAAACCGUGGGCGUUAACUGGAUAUUUGCAAAUCGUUUCCCCACAUUCCCCAAUAGAUUAAACAUCCCCAAAGGUUUCAGAUCCAUAUCUGACACCACAUCUCAUAAAUACUGGAUGGCAUCUGUAAUAUUAAAAAUUUAUGGUUGCAGUUUAAGUUUUCAAAGCGGAGUCGUAGUGUCCUCGCUGAGGGAGGGCAAGAGGAGGUCCAGUCAGACUCUACCUGCCUGCCGAUCAAACGCGCGCGCUGUCUUCUCAGGUGCGCGAGGGGGUCAGACUCAAGCGGACCGACGAUGCUCGCUCUGCCCAAAUUGUAAAGAGAGACACAUUUCUGCGCCGGUUUGCGGGGUUAUUUUACACGUGUGACGCCUUAGACUGGUGAGACCCAGAUUUUGGAGUCAUUUGAAGACUUAUCUCAAACUCCCGAAGAGCUGCAAUGGCAUCGAUCGGGGAGUUUGAUCCGUUAAACAGCAGCGUACCUGCCACCAAAAUAGAGAUCACCGUCUCGUGCAGGAGUUUGCUGGAUGUUGAUACAUUCUCGAGGUCGGCACCAGUGGUUGUGUUGUAUGUUCAAGGAAUCGGUACUAAGGAGUGGAGAGAGUUUGGUCGAACAGAAGUGAUAGACAACACUCUCAACCCGGACUUUGUGAGGAAGUUUGUCUUGGAUUACUUCUUUGAAGAAAAGCAGAACCUUCGGUUUGACGUAUACAAUGUGGACUCCAGAAGCUCAAACAUCUCAAAGCAUAAGUCCUUCCUCGGCCAGACUUUCUGCACUCUAGGAGAGAUUAUUGGGUCCUCUGGGUCAAGACUGGAGCGGGUGCUUUCGGGUAUUCCUGGGAAGAAAUGCGGGAACAUUAUCUUCACAGCUGAGGAACUCAGCAAUUGUCGGGACAUUGCAACCAUGCAGCUCUGUGCUAACAAGUUGGAUAAGAAGGAUUUCUUUGGGAAGUCUGAUCCCUUCCUGGUGUUUUACCGCAGCAAUGAAGACGGCACGUUCACUAUCUGUCACAAAACAGAGGUGAUAAAGAAUACUUUGAACCCCGUGUGGCAGCCCUUCACCAUCCCAGUGCGAGCUCUGUGUAACGGAGACUAUGACAGAACAGUGAAGGUUGAUGUUUAUGACUGGGACAGAGAUGGAAGUCAUGACUUCAUCGGAGAGUUUACGACCAGCUAUAGAGAGCUGUCUCGUGGGCAGAGCCAAUUCAAUGUUUAUGAGGUUCUGAAUCCUAAGAAGAAAGGGAGGAAAAAGAAAUACGUCAACUCUGGCACGGUAACACUUUUGUCCUUCAAAGUGGAAUCGGAGUACACAUUUGUGGACUUCAUUCGAGGCGGAACACAGCUCAACUUCACUGUAGCCAUAGACUUCACCGCCUCUAAUGGAAACCCAUCUCAGCCAACAUCACUCCACUACAUGAACCCGUAUCAGCUGAACGCGUAUGCCAUGGCCCUUAAAGCCGUGGGAGAAAUCAUCCAGGAUUAUGACAGUGACAAACUCUUCCCUGCCUAUGGCUUUGGAGCUAAACUCCCUCCUGAUGGCAAGAUCUCUCAUGCUUUUCCCCUGAACUCCGACUGUGAGAAUGCAAACUGCGUCGGCAUCGAAGGCGUGCUGGAGGCGUACUAUGACUGUCUCCGGAAAGUGCAGCUCUAUGGCCCCACCAACUUUGCCCCUGUCAUCAACCAGGUGGCACAGUGCGCGUCAGAGGUGACAGAUGGCUCUCAGUACUUCGUGCUGCUGAUCAUCACAGACGGUGUCAUUUCCGACAUGGUACAGACUAGAGAAGCCGUGGUCACCGCGGCGUCUCUGCCCAUGUCAGUCAUAAUUGUGGGAGUCGGCCCUGCUGAAUUUGAUGCAAUGGAAGAGCUGGAUGGAGAUGAGGUCAGGGUGUCCUCCAGGGGACGUGUUGCUGAGAGAGACAUUGUCCAGUUUGUGCCAUUCCGGGACUACAUCGACCGAUCUGGGAACCAGGUGCUCAGCAUGGCCCGACUGGCCAAGGAUGUACUGGCCGAGAUACCUGACCAGCUGCUGUCGUUCAUGAAGAGCAGAGGCAUUGAACCCAGACCAGCCCUCUGCCCCUCUCCCACACCACAGAUAAACGUCCACCUCUGAUCCUAGAGCAGUGUUUUAUCCACAGCUAUAUGUUCGCAUCGGAAACCCCCGGGCCUGUCACUGGGGAUGCACAUUUUUACUUUCCACAUCGGUUAGCAGUAGCACAUAAUGUAGUUACAAUAAUAAUCAACUGAAAUCAGGAAUAUGUUAAUGUAAGUGUGUGGUGUAAUACUUUAUAAUCAGCCAGCAAUCAAUCAAAAAAAACAUCAGUAUUUGCUUGCCUUGGAAUGGAAGAUGUGGAAGUGAAAAGAGGGUGAAAUUAUUGAAAAGAAAUGUCUGGGUCAUAUUUUCUCAAAAAAUCUAAAGAUAAGAAAAACAAUAAAAUAUGCAUAAAAUUUUACUUGAAAUGCAAUACAUAAAUUACAUAAAAUAAAUGAAUCCCAUUUCAGUAAAUGGAAAUGUAUUGCUUUAAGACAUUAUUUUCUCAUUCUCAAAUUCUAAAAUCUCUUUAGUUUAAGUACUAAAUGUACUUAAUUGUCACAAUGAACAAAAAAUUAAUUAUCAGACUUCCAAAAAUAUGGUACUCUUUGGUAUUUGAUAAUUGUUAAACCUGUUACAAAACUAUUGUAUCACAUAGAAUUAUUUAAUUUUAUAAUGAUUGACUAUUUUUAUUUAAAUUUUUAUAUACUAAAAAAGCCUUUUAUGUUUAAAUGCUGAAACAAAUCCCCCUUUUAUGCCCUGAUUAAAUUUAAUGAUAAUAAUUUUUUAUUAUGUCAUAAUUGUUUUUAAUUAAAUAAUUACAGUGUUUUAUCCUGUGACUUUUUAAAGCUUAAGAGACACUUUAGACUGCCUUUAUUAUAUAAUAUUUAGUUCUUUCUCCUUUAUUUUGUGUUGAAAUAUCGUCUGGACAUUUCUGAAACUGAAAUUUCCCCAGGAACAUGAUACGCUGUGUUCUCACAGACGGAGUGUGUGGUUGCACAGGCUGUGCUGUACGCUGUAAUACCCAACCACGCAUGCACAGGUCACCUUUAACAACAUCAUCUUUAUAUUUCACGUAGUAUCUUAGGCCAAGAUAUUUUUUCUUUUUCUCACUGGCUGAAUUAGUUGCGCUGGCACACUCUUGAGUGUGUAAAUAUUUUCUAAUUUGUGCCCGAUUUUGAAAGGAGCUAAUAAGUAGCUGUGUGUGGCAGAAAAACAGAUGCCUGUGCGGGAACACCGACACACUCGGAGUCUUCCGCACACCUUGAGUGGAUGCAGCUAAUUACCUGCAGAAACAGAGGUGCCAAUCAGUGCAACUGAACCAGAGAGAGGAAGAUUGAGGGAAGAAAUAUCCAGAGUGUAAUCAGCAGAGGUUAAUGGGCACAGGAAGUAGGCAGACGUAUGGCGUGACAAAGAUAAAUCAGGUGAUGAGCAGAACGACAGGAAAAGAAGGGGAUUUUACAGGUGAAUCUCACAGAGAAAUGUCUGGGUCAUAUUUUACCCCAAAAAUCAAAAAAGGACCAUUAAGAUGCCAUGCAUUGUGACAUUUUUAUAACAAAAUUUCUCCCUACCACAUUCUCAUAACUGUAAACUCUCAAUACUGUAAAAUGUCCAGACCCAAUUUUUUUUUUUUU